CAUAAUUUAGGCUCAAAUUGAAGCACUCCUCUGCCGCACGAGCACUUCUUCCGCCUUCAAAAUGGGAGACAUAUGCGUCACUGCUGAGAUGUGCUACACCCACAAGCCAGAGGUAACAGUGUUCUAUGAGCCAGAGACCCACACCGUAUGCUCAGUCGUGAGAGACCCGAACAGCUACAAAGUAGGGUCGAUUCAGUCAUGGGCUUUGACUUUUCAUCUGGAAGCACCAGCACUGAACAUGCUGACCAAGUGAUCAACUUCAUUCAGCAAAACAGCCUGGAAGUGGAAUGGAUUCUUGAGACUCAUGCGCACGCCGAUCACCUCUCGGCAGCGCCAUAUAUUCAGGAUAAAGUGGGUGGCAAGAUUGCCAUUGGUGAAAACAUUCGACUCGUUCAGGAUAUGUUUGCAGGAGUCUUCAAUCUAGGCCCAGGAUUCCAGAAGGAUGGGUCUCAGUUUGACAAGCUCUUCGCAGACGGUGAGACCUUUCAAAUUGGUGAAUUGACUGCCAGCGUAAUCUACACUCCAGGUCAUACACCUGCAUGUGUAUGCUAUCUCAUCGGUGAUGCCCUCUUCACCGGUGACACGCUCUUCAUGCCUGACUACGGUACUGCACGGUGCGACUUUCCAGGUGGGUCUUCCAAGCUGCUAUACGAAUCCAUCCAAAGGAUCAUGACGCUUCCGGAUGAGACACGCGUUUUUGUGGGCCAUGACUACCUUCCGAAAGAUGGCAGAAAAGAGUUUGCUUGGGAGACCACCAUCGGAGAUGAAAAGAGAAGCAACAUCCACAUCGGUGGUGGAAAGUCUGAGGAGGAAUUCUGCCAGAUGCGGGACAGUCGCGAUGCGCAAUUGGCCAUUCCAAAGCUUAUUGUUCCAUCCGUCCAGGUGAACAUUCGGGCUGGUCGGUUUCCAGAACCAGAUGCCAACGGCCAUGUAGCUUUGUCAUUGCCAAUCAAUAAGCUGAGCAACAAAGGCAUCCUAAAUCCGUAAGUUCUGCGCAGAACGGUGGCGGGCCUUGUUGGGCAUUGUUUCCAAAUUUCGCUAACACCGGCAAGAAACUACUUGCUUUGGCUUGUCAGUCAUGCCGGUCAGAAGUUUCUUUUCUUUCGACUUUCGACUUCUUGCUCAGUCAAGUCAGUUGGAAGCAAGCCUUUGGACUUUCCAAUGGAAAUUGUUCAGGGCAAAAGAUGCCACUUGCAG